UUUGCUUAGCUCUCAGUUAUGUGGGAUAAACAACUCUAAAGAAUUCAAAAAAUGUUCUGCAGAGGGAUUUUUCCUUUUUGUCUCAUAGUAACUACUGAAAGACUGAAGUCUUUCAACAUUCGGUCCAGUGUGCAUAGCCAGCUGUCAACGUGGAAAUGUGCAGGGCGGCAGUUAGUAGUCAAACUAUGUCCUUUGUUCGGCGAACGCUUUACAUUUUAAAAUGCAAAUCGUGCUCGGGCCGCAGUGUUUUCAACAUUCCGUAAAAAUGUCCCCAGACCCAUAUCAGCGGUAUCAACCCACAGAAAAUAAGUGUUGUGACCGCAAAAGUAAUGCUCUGUCGAUUCAAGAAAAUCCUCUUAAUGCAUGAUGUGCUUACAUGGGAACAAUGUUCGAACAAACAAUUAACGCUCUUUGAAUACGAAUGUGAGACGAGGACGGACCAGACACUCGAGACCGCAAAUGCCUUUGCCGCCCGAUUGGUCUAAGAGACUCGAGAGGGCAUUCGGAGCACACUUGAGCUCGACCUAGAACCUGGAGCUUGUUAUUGAUUAAAAACUACUUCAACAAAUCACUACACAACACACACACACAGAAACACAGUCUAAUCUUUAUUUUUGAUUUUAUUUUAUACGUCUGACCCUUAAAGAAGGAUCCAUUUAGCCGGCAGACGGUUAGCAUAGCAAAGGGUGGUUUUCUCCAAAGGCAACAGUCUGCCUACCCAAACCUACAAAAGACCACUAAUGAAGAGAUUAUCUUGUUUAUUCAAUGCUUCUCAGCGAACUGGCACACACAAAAAAACCUUUUUGUUGUUGUUUUUACAUUUGGUAACUGAUUGGAUUAAACCAUAGCACCAAGCUAGCUGUCCACCCCGUGCUUCUACCUGUAUGCUAACGUGUGCUAACCAGCUGUUACAGUAGCUCGAGCAUCAUAUUUAACAGAAAGUGGAAUUGCUCUUCUCAUCAAAGGAAGCAAAUAUUUCCCAGAAUGCCAAACUAUUUGCCUCGAGUAUCAUCUAGUACCUUUAAAUGUGCGUCAAAUGUUGUAUUUUCAGAUGACAUCCGGGUGAAAACACCAAAAUGUAUGUUUUAGUGGCAAAAUGUGACCCAAGCGUGAGCAGUUUUUGGGAUUGACUCGACAAGUUUCGGCUUUAAACUGUGUGACUUUUUAGGGUUAUAAAGUUUUAGCACAGCCAAUUAGCUUUAGCUGCUCUGUAAUGAAUAGUGAAGUUGAGCAAUUUGGCCUCAAAGCGUAAACUCCAGCUGGUCUAUUAUUGUUCGUGUGGAAGGGUUGAAUGAGUUCCAUGUAAGCUUCACAUGCCAUCAUCAUUAGGGUCAGCAGACCAAUGCAUGAUGGAUUUAAAGGAAUAAUAGACAUAGUAAUCAUAAGUGUGGGGUUGUAUAAGAACUAAAGCUGCCAACGGUUGUAAGGGUGUGAGUUCACCGGCUACACAAGACUCCUCAGUGCACCCCGGAUACUGUUUCAGAUGUGUUGCACUAUUAUCCAUUGUUGGACUGACAAAUGUAUAGGCCUUCUGUAUUUGCAACGCCAGCCUUUAAAUCAAUGGCUACACAUCCAGAUGAUCUUCCUCGGAGGCUCCGAGAGGGACUGUGUGCACAGCUAAAUCUAUGUAUAGUCCGCCCUGGCUGCUAGACGCCGCUCAACCACUACUUAACACGCACACACACACACACACACGCACUCACACCCACACACGCACGCACGCACACACGCACACACACCCACACACGAAUGCACACAGAGGCGAAGGCAUUCGCAAAACGCGCAAGUAAGUAUCCUCCCUGGAGCUCUAGGUUGGAGCCUGUGAUUAGGGAGGGUGGAUCCUCAAAGCCACAAUUCAAAAUGCACCAAACCCAAAAGCAUAAAAAAAACAACUGUCAGGGUGUGUAAAAAAAAACACGUACCUAUCCAAUCCAGAUGGAGACGUGAGCUGUGUCGUAAGAUUUCAAUCCAAGUUCAAACUGCACCCCCGUGGCAUUCAAACUGCUGUGCUACAAUGUGGGCGUCUUUCCAAAUACAUUGGCCAACACUGACUAUACUUGAUGCAACUCUCAUCAGUCACACCAUGCCCACACGGCACCCCAUUGUAUUCUCCUUUUAAUUAUAACCUUGAUUCAAAACAAAUAUUAGUAGAUUAGAGCAUGUUUCAGCUUCCAGCAAUCAUCCUGAUUUAAUUAAGAACAAUAUAACAACCAGCGCAUGCUUAAUUAUAGGCCGCUGUCAAUCUAACAGCUUUUCUUUUUUUGUUUUUCUACGGUGAGGGCACGGCAUGCAGGGCAAACGGCAACGCCCGUGUGUGCUCAUCGGCGUGGGCACAUGGAGUAAACGGGCGGCGUUGUGGGGUAAAGCCCGGCUGGACAAUGGAGAGUAAAGCUGAGCUCAACGUGGUUUUCACGAGAGUAGAAGAUUCAUGCUCCCGUUAAAAGUUAGAGAUUCUUUUCGCCAAUGAUGCAUCCUUUGGGACUAUGUAAUAACAACGAUGAGGAGGACCUGUACGAGUACGGCUGGGUCGGAGUGGUGAAGCUGGAGCAACCCGAGCUGGACCCCAGCUGUCUCACCGUCCUGGGAAAGGCCAAGCGAGCGGUGCAGCGGGGAGCCACGGCCGUCAUCUUCGACGUGUCGGAGAAUCCGGACGCCAUCGACCAGCUCAACCAGGUUGCCGAGGAUCCCCUGAAGCGGCCGGUGGUUUACGUGAAGGGCAACGACGCCGUGAAGCUGAUGAACAUCGUCAACAAGCAGAAAGUGGCCCGCGCUCGGAUCCAACAUCGACCACCGAGGCAGCCCACGGAAUAUUUUGACAUGGGCAUCUUCCUGGCCUUCUUCGUGGUGGUGUCGCUCGUCUGCCUCAUUCUACUCAUCAAGAUCAAGCUGAAGCAGAGGCGGAGCCAGAGCUCCAUGAACAGAAUGGCCAUCCAGGCUCUGGAGAAGAUGGAGACUCGCAAGUUCAGGGCCAAAGGGAAGGGCCAGCGCGAGAGCAGCUGCGGAGCCUCCGACUCGCUGAGCAGCAGCUCCACCUCCGACUGCGCCAUCUGCCUGGAGAAGUACAUCGACGGAGAGGAGCUGCGGGUUAUUCCCUGUGCUCACAGAUUUCAUAAGAAGUGCGUCGACCCCUGGCUGCUCCAGCAUCACACCUGUCCGCACUGUAGACACAACAUCAUCGAGCAAAAGAAGGGAAAUCCAGGAGCCGCAUGCAUGGAGCCCGGCAACCCAGUCCACAGCCGGCAACGGGUGGUGCUGCCGGUCCAUUAUCCGGGCAGGGUGCACCGGGCGGGCCAGGUGACCGCCUAUCCGACCAGAACCAGCAUGGACCCCCACGGCAACGCCAUCACGGUGCUCACCGUGGACCAGCACCCGGACCCUCAAGGCCUGUACCCGCCGCAGUCGACGUCCGCCUUCCUCCGGAGCUACCACCCCGCCCUCCACCUGGACCACUCGCUCAACCCCCACCACUGCGGGUUGGAGCACCGCGGACCCCCCGCCUACCCAGCGCAACCGCACCACGCUGCUUUCAAACGGCCCAAGUUCCACGGCCGCAACUUUUCCCGCGCGGCCUGCUUCUCGCAGUACGAAACUAUGUACCAGCACUACUAUUUUCAGGGCUUGACUUUCCCUCAACAGCCCGAGGGCGGACAAGUGCCUGCGGUGGCAGGACACCUUGGUGGUGGAGGAGGAGGGGCCCACAAGGGCCACCACAGCAGGGCCUUUCAGCAGGGGCUGUUGUACCCCACAGUGGUACACAUGGCGCCCGCUUCGUCGUCGAGGAUAGGCGACAACGGCAGCACUUCUGGCCUGAGCUGUUACCACGGCCACCGCUCCGUGUGCAGCGGUUACCUUGCCGACUGCCCCGGCAGCGACAGCAGCAGCAGCAGCUCGGGCCAGUGCCACUGCUCCUCCAGCGACUCCAUGUUGGACUGUACCGAGGUCAGCAACCAGGGGGUGUACGGCAGCUGCUCCACCUUCCGCAGCUCGCUGAGCAGUGACUACGACCCGUACGUCUACCGGAGUAAGAGUCCGUGUCGGGGCUCCGCGGGGGAAGCGGGCGCUGCAGCUUGCACCGCAGUUCCUGCCGAGGACGCCUCGUCCCACGCCCCCUCGGGACAUGACUGCCUACAGCUCCCUCCUGGGGCUUCGGGAUAUAAUUCGGGGGACCACCUCUCCAACUGCAGCUUGGAGCCCAACUACAGCAGUCGCUCAUCACUGGAACCCAGGGAGAACAACAACACUAGCACUACCUCAGCCGGGGCUCCGGAGGCCACCGGCGCGGACAGGGGGAAAGGGACACAGGAGGAGUCGGGGGAGAUCGGGGCAGCGGCCUGUAGCUGCUGCUUCGAGGUGCUCCCCCCUAAUUCGGAGUGCAAAGGGCAGGACUCGGACCAAGCGGGGCCUCUGGCCUCGGGACGGUGUCAAAGGGCGGUGGAGUUUCCGAGCUCCGCCUCCAAGAACUACUUUGCUCCUGAGCACAUGUGCCCCCCCUCGGAGCAGGUGAGCUACGAAGGGCUGCCCUGCUGCUUCUACAAAGAGAUGAAGGUCCACAGGGCGGCGGCGGGUCGCUACGCCGAGGACUACGCCGUCAAUGUGCAGUAUGCACACGCAGACUCGGAGAUGUGCACCGGACAGGGCUGCUGUGAGCUCAACCAGAGGAUACCCAUAAUUCCCGAGGACACGGACUGUGAAUCGGGCACAGGAGCCGCCGAGGCCAAGAACAGUUUACUGCCCGUCAGUGUCACGGUGGAGGCGGAGGUGCGACACGAGCCCGGCGAGGGUUACUUCACCUCGGAACAGUUUAGAGGUCAGCCAUACCCUCGGGAGGAGGAGACCAGGGCUUUGUUCCACCCUCGGCUCUCCGCGAGCCCCGCUGCGUUGGGAAGCAGUACAUCGACACAUGAGGGAAGUCUGGGUAUAUGAACUUGAAACCCGAAGGGGGGAGGCACAGUCUGAAGUAUGUAUUUGGUACCGUAUCAGUCAGUCAAUCAUUGAAACCCUCAGUUGCCUUGUUUCUAACCUUGCUCUCUUGAGCGCUGAAUGUUAUCAUCUUAGAUUGUGUGGAUUUCUACUGAAAUGGCCCGUCGUUUCCAGACGUAGCGUAUCAAGUUCAUUCCUGUGGCCACGAAAAACGUGUGGCGAGGCGAUGCCGCGGAGCGAGAAAGGAGGUUGUUAACCGAAACCAGAAGUAGGGUUUGGCGUCGGUGCCGUCAAGGUUUAGCUUCAGCGGGGCCCCAUUUCUUGAGAGAUCUUUUUUUCCGUCAAGAACGAUCUACGUAGACUCCCCGUCUUUUGUGCGAGACCUAGGAAUCUGGGAUUUUCUUUGUACUCUACGAAAAAUAAAAAGUACACUCUUAAUUCACCAACAUCCGCAUCUACAUCAUGUAUACAUCUUGUAUAUGUGCGCACAUGAACACUGACUGCCUAUAAAAGCUUCAACCACCAACUCAGACAGGUUGUAUGGACAUAGCUAUACCAAAACAGAAAGACAUGAUUGUUGUUUUUUAAAAAACUUUUUUCAAGAGCAGGGAAAUGGGUCUACGUGUUGGUGACCCUCUCUCUUCGCUGUGCAGAAGAAGCUAUAUAUAUAUAUAUAUAUAUAUAUAUAUAUAUAUAUAUAUAUUACAGGAAGAAAUAAGAAAAUGCAUAGAAAUGUGAACGCAAGGCUGACACUGGUCUCUUAUUCGAUAAUGAUACACAGAAUUUGUUUUUAUGCAUUUGCAUUUCUCUGUCCAGUCGUGGCCUAAUAAACCUGUGCGAGAUGUGCCAGAGCAACAUGAAAGCCUUACGCCGGCGGUGAAACUAUUUUUGUUGCAAUAUCUAAAAGACACCACUGCCUUUGGUCGAACUCCAGACCAAAGUGACAAGUGUUGUGUUGUGUCGGGUAAAAAAAAAAGCACGCAGGUUUUUCUUCAGGAGCGAGGAGUGUAGCACUCCAACCUCGCGUUCGGAAGCCCUUAGAAGAGAAAGUGUUGUUGUUUUUUUGCUGUCACUUACCCAAUUUCCUCAAUGAGGCUAAUAGAUAUCUAUUAAAAAUAAAAUAAAAAAGGUUCUUCUUGCAUGUAUCAAAAAGGCCAAAGGAAAGUAGCUGGAAAAAGACUCAUAAUUCAUAAAGGGUUCCUUAUCGUACUGUGACUUUUUUUUUUUUUUUUUAACAACGAUGCAGUUAUCCACAACACAAUGUAUUCGUUUUGAAUCCUAUCAUGCCGUGCAUAAUACAUACUCGCAAUAUCAAUGCUUUGUCAUUCAUGCCUUUCUGUUUGUCCUACAGACUGUUGUUGUUUUUUUAAAUACUGUUUCUAUGAAAUAUACACAUUCUCAACGCGGAGGAGGAGGAGGAGACCCUUCAGAAAAUAACCCUAUUUAUAAGUUAACCCAGUGCUGUAAUCAAGUGAGAAUCUAAUCUUUGCCUUUUGCAUAGAGAUAUGUACCUACUGCAAAUAUAACAUUUUGGGGUACUUGAGUCACUAUUUAAUUUUUUUGUUUUGUUUUUUUGUCAUUGUUUCUAGCACUUAAGAAGAUUAAAAAUGUGUACAAAAAUUAAUAUUUUUUAAUUUUCUAAGAGUAUAAUUAUUUUCUGUCAUUACCAUUACAAAUGUUUUUUUUGUUUUUUUUUAAAGGCUAGAAAUCAAUCUUGUGUAUAUUUCUGUACCUGUAUAGCAAAAACACAUUUCAUAAAUGGAAAUAUGUUCUCUGAAUAUUUAUUUACUAAUAUAUUUAUCUUUUAAGCCAUGUCUUAUGUUCAGAGUGUAUAAAACGUUUUUGACUUAUUUGGUUGCUUUUCGUUUUGAGAGAGAGAGAAAAAAAAUCACUAACAUGAGACUUUGUAUAUACAUGGUAAUUGCACACAAGACGAUUAAAUCUUCUCUGACCAAAAAACUGAUUUUAAAAACUUUAGUACCGUACAGUUUUGUAAUUAAGGUGUACAAAGAUCUGUAAAAUAUACAGUUUUAUUCAAGUAA